AUGGUCAAUUUUGCGGUGAACGAAGCAGAUGGAGAAGCAGAGGACGACAGAGACGAGGAGGCGUUCGAGACGGACGAGGAGAGAAGAUUUAGCGCUGCUUUUUCUUCGUCCUCGUCGUCUUUUAAAAACGACGACGGGGGUUUUCAACGGCAGCGGCGAACUGGACGGCGGCGGCGAAAAUUGAAGAAUUCGUUGGACUUUGAAGACGAUAUCGAGGAGGAGGAGGAUGUCGGAACGGGAAGAGGAAGAAGAGAAGAAACAGAAGAAAGAGACGACUACGACGAACGACGACGAGGAAGAGGAGACGGACGACGGGGACAACGGGAGCGAGAACGACGACGACGACGACGGUCUUCAUCGUCAUCGUCUUCUUCUUCUUCUUCGUAUUCUUCGCCGGCGCUUCCCAACGUGACUUUACUCACCAACGGCGAAACGGAAAAGUGCCUUCCCAUAGCGGCGACUUCCAACCAGUACGGAUACUUUUGGGGCACCACCGAUGCCGCCGUGCAACGCGUCGCUAUUUCUUUGCUCGGCGUCGUUUUAUGUUCGACUAUUAAUGAUUUUGAAAUCGGGACGGCGUUGCAAGUGCCGUUCGCGACAUUUUUUCUCUGGGCGCCCAUCGCGUUGGCGGCGAGAAGGAACGCAGCCGCGCGCGCAGGCGAAUUCGUCGGAUUGUGGAGAGCGCGAGUGAAAGACAUCGAAGUCGUCCCGGUCGUUGCGAAAACCUUCGAGAACGCUCGACAAAAAUCAUCGUCGCGGGGACGAAGAAAUACUCGAAAAACGACGAGCGAGAUGCUCUUGAUUGAUUUCAUCGACCCAAUCUCCUCGUUCGAAGUCUCUUUUCGCAUACCAAACGAACGCAGAUACGACGACGUGCAAAUAGGAGACGCGUGCGAACUCAUCGUCUCCUCGGACGACGAUUUGUUCCGAAACUUUGUCGCCAUUCGGGAGGCGUACGUCCCCGAGUUGGACGUUUGGGUGGGCGAGUACCCUUUUCUGGACAGAAACGGGUUCGUCUUGGUCUCCAAAAGAGUCUCAAACAACUAG